UAUCGCCCCUCUUUGUCUCUCUCGCCCCCUGCAGGCCAAAUCAUGUAUCUGUCACAUGUGUGGCGCCCACCUGAACCGGCUCCACUCCUGUCUCUCCUGCGUCUUCUUCGGCUGCUUCACAAAGAAACACAUCCACGAGCACGCCAAAAACAAACGACACAAUCUAGCAAUAGACUUAUUAUAUGGUGGAAUAUAUUGUUUCGUGUGCCAAGACUACAUAUACGACAAAGAGAUGGAACAGAUUGCCAAAGAAGAACAGAGGAAAGCCUGGAAAUUGCAAGGUGUAGGGGAGAAAUACUCUACGUGGGAGCCUACGAAGCGAGAGCUGGAGUUAUUACGGCACAAUCCAAAGCGAAGGAAAAUCACUACAAACUGCACCAUCGGUUUACGAGGGUUGAUCAACCUGGGCAACACGUGCUUCAUGAACUGCAUCGUCCAGGCCCUCACCCACACCCCCCUGCUGCGUGACUUCUUCCUGUCCGACAGGCACAAGUGUGAGAUGCAGUCCAACUCCUGUCUGGUGUGUGAGAUGUCACAGCUCUUUCAGGAGUUCUACUCGGGCCACCGUUGGCCCCACAUUCCCUUCCGGCUGCUGCACCUGGUAUGGACUCACGCACGUCACUUAGCGGGCUACGAGCAACAGGAUGCCCACGAGUUCCUCAUCGCAGCACUGGACGUGCUGCACCGCCACUGUAAAGGAGACACCGCCCGAGACGACAACGGGAAGAAGGCCAACAAUCCAAACCACUGUAGCUGCAUCAUUGACCAAAUUUUCACUGGCGGCCUCCAAUCAGACGUCACCUGUCAAGUCUGCCACGGUGUGUCCACCACGAUAGACCCAUUCUGGGACAUCAGUCUGGACCUGCCGGGCUCGUCCACUCCCUUCUGGCCCCUUAGCCCCGGGGGAGACGGCUCAACGGUCAACGGAGAGAGCCACCUUUCAGGGGCCACCACGCUCACAGACUGUCUACGCAGGUUCACUCGGCCUGAGCAUCUAGGAAGCAGUGCCAAAAUCAAAUGUGGCGGUUGCCAUAGUUACCAGGAGUCCACCAAACAGCUGACGAUGAAGAAGCUCCCCAUCGUGGCGUGUUUCCAUCUCAAACGGUUUGAACACUCUGCCAAACUGAGGAGGAAGAUCACCACCUAUGUCUCCUUCCCUCUAGAGCUGGACAUGACACCUUUCAUAGCUUCCAGUAAGGAGAGCAGGAUGAAUGGCCAGUAUCAACAGACAGUAGAAGUAUUAAACAACGACAAUAAGUAUUCUCUGUUUGCGGUGGUGAACCACCAGGGCACCCUGGAGAGUGGUCACUACACCAGCUUCAUCCGCCAACACAAGGACCAGUGGUUCAAGUGUGACGACGCCAUCAUCACAAAGGCCAGCAUCAAGGACGUGUUGGACAGUGAAGGGUAUCUGCUGUUCUAUCACAAGCAGUUCCUGGAGUAUGAGUAGCCUUACCUUGUAGACCGCUGACUCUGCGGAGAACCAACCAACCCAACGCUCAAAGAGAUGAGGAACCAACCAAUGACUGUGGAACAGAGGACAAUAAAACACGAACACACAAACCUACCUGAAACUCUGACUAUACCAGUUACUACUACCCCCCUAGACAGGGGUGACAGUCUAACAUAAACAAUGACUAAUAGUGAAAAAUCAUGCAAAACUUGUUCAAAAACAGCACUGAGCUCCCGGCAUCUACUUGACACAACUGAAUGGAGAAAGAGAAUGAGAAAAAAUGGAGAUGAGUGAGUGUGAAGGAGCUCUCCCUCUCUCUCCCUCACUCCGCCCCUUUUCUGACGUUGGGGCGGAGCCUUGUCGAGAGUGAUUGACAGUUCUGUGGAGAGGAACUCGGAGGGAAGAGGGCACAGUGGGACUCAAACCCCCAAAACUACAGUAUUGAUUUGUGAAUUCUUGUUUCUUUCCUCAUGGUGCUCUCGUUUCCACUGAAAAGCAUUUACCAUACAGUGACGAUGGGAGGAGACUGUCCACAGUCUUCAUAUGCAUACACAACUGAAUGCAAAAAAUAUAUACUUCAACAACAGAACAAAGUAUGGUAUUAUUUAAAAUAAAAUAGCAAACAAGA